CAGCCCAUAUCUUCUCUUCACAAUGUAAUCAUCAUAUCCUCACCACACAGACCAAAUGAACUUCCUUUUCUUACCUCCUACGUCUAACCCUCAAAACCCACCAAUAAAACAACAUGAAACAAUCCCCACAUGACACUAAUCUUAAACUAAACACAGAACAACAUAAACAACUACAAGUGUCCUGUCCUAAACCAUGAACACCAAAACUACAACCUUCUUUUGGCUCACCACCAUAGCCGUUGUGCUUGUUUCCGUCAUAGUUUCCCUGCAUUCCUCCCACUCUUUUGGUUCAAGCAUCAGCACGUCGGUAGACAGUAUUCAUCGGAUCUUUGAACUUGAGUUUUUUGGUAAGGUAGCCAGAAAACUUGGCGUAGAGGACAUUGUCGUUUCCAUUCUAGAAAGAAUCGUCUAUAGUAGACAUCAUCAUCAUCAUCAUCAUCAUCAUCACCAUCAUAGGAGGGGGAAUGAGAGUUCAUGCAAUGACAGCCUAUGGAAGUCUGAUCUCAUUUCCUUGUACAACGUUAGUGUUGUUUACACAGUCGAUACAAAGGGCUGCGCUAAUUUUAGCAGCAUGCAGAAAGCGAUCGAUGCUCUGCCCGAUUUCAGUCAUUCUUGGACACUUAUCAUACUUGACUCAGGCACAUAUAGGGAAAAAGUAGUGGUGAGCUCUAACAAAACAAAGUUGAUAGUUCAAGGUCAAGGUUACCUCAACACCGCGAUAGCAUGGAACGACACAGCCAAUUCCACCGGAGGGACAAGCUAUAGCUCUACAUUUGCCACAUUUGCUCCCAGCUUUGUAGCUUAUAACAUUAGUUUUAUGAACACAGCACCAGCCCCAGAUCCAGGGGAAGUUGGAGGACAGGCAGUGGCAUUAAGGGUUUCAGGUGAUCAAUCUGCAUUCUACGGCUGUGGAUUCUAUGGAGCACAAGACACACUAAAUGAUGAUCAGGGCAGACAUUACUAUAAAGAAUGCUACAUCCAGGGAUCCAUCGAUUUCAUCUUCGGAAAUGGCAGAUCACUCUUUGAGGAUUGCACGAUUAAUUCGACAGCAAAAGAAGUAUCGUCUGGUGGGAUCAGCGGAUGCAUCACGGCUCAUGGAAGAGAUUCAGCCAACGAGAAAACGGGCUUCGCUUUCGUGAAUUGCAGCAUUAGUGGGAGUGGAAAAGUGUGGUUGGGGCGAGCUUGGGGGCAUUAUGCUACUACGAUUUUCUUGAAAACAUACAUGUCUGAAGCUGUUGCUGCUGAGGGCUGGAAUGAUUGGAGGGACUCUUCUAGAGACCAAACGGUGUCGUUCGGUGAGUACGAGUGCUACGGGCCGGGAGCCAACUCUACGUAUAGAGUAGCAUAUGGGAAGCAGUUGAAGCAAUCAGAAGCAGCUCCUUACCUUGAUGUUUCAUUCAUUGAUGGAGAAGAAUGGCUUGUUUCUGCCUCCAAAAAUUCACUGCAAUUUCUUGAUACUCCUGGACGAUCAAACAGAUCUUGCUCACUCUAAAUUUUAACUAAUAAUUAUAUAUAAUCAUUGUUAUUUACUUCAUCUGUUUAGCAUUAAGUGCUGAUUGAUUACGUAUUAUAGUCGACCAUUAACAUGAUGUUCUUGAUAUGGAUGAGAUAAUCC